AUGAGAUCCAAAAUAUCGGAGACAAAUGAAACCAAUAAUUCAAACGAUCAAAUGGUUAGUAACAAUCAAAAUGAAGAGAAAAGAGAAACAAACGUUGAAACUGAUGUGAAGUUGUCUGAAGAGGACAAACGGGCUAAUUAUGAUAUAUUUGGAUCAAUUAAACCACUUCUUGUGCCAAUAACUUUAUCAAUGAUUUUGGUGAUAGUGUACAUCAAAUUGGUCCACAAAGAUUCAACGGGAAAAUCAAUAGAAUCGAGUAAAAACAGACCACCAAUUGAUUCAUACUAUUUGAUGACAAUGAUUAUAAUUAUAUUGAUUAUAACCACCUUUUUGUUGGUAUUAUUUGUUUGGCUCCGAUGUUAUAAAGUGAUCUUUUGCUGGCUUUUUAUUAGUAUAUCACUUAUCCUAACGAUUCUUAGCUCUAAAAUCUUUGGUGAAAUAGUCUACGCAAUGAAUAUACCAUUUGAUUUGAUCACUUCGUAUCUGUUUUUAUGGAAUUAUGUUAUAAUCGGUGUGAUCUGUAUCUUUUGGAUGGGUCCAGAAAUUCUUCAGAAAUUUUUUCUAAUAAUGAACUCAUGUAUGACUUCGGUAGUCAUUUUGUUUAUAUUGUAUGGUUGGCCCGUUUGGAUAUUACUCGGAGUAUUAGUUAUUUGGGAUAUCGUUGCUGUCUUGUGUCCAUUUGGUCCCUUAAGAUUGCUAAUCAAAACAUUGGAAACACAGAAGAAAAAAGACGGCAAACCCAUGACAUUUCCUCCCGGUUUGCUUUACUCGACUGUCAUAACAAGUGUCUUCAACAGUGUCUAUAUCUUAGCAGUUGCUGAUAAAGACAACAACAUUCAAAGUGUUGGUAAUAAAGAAACGGAGAUUAAGCCGAUGGACACAUCUAUUAAAGAGGGAAACAAAUCAAAUAAUGAGACCAAAACCAAGAACAGACCAAAACUGGGUUUAGGAGACUUUGUUUUUUAUAGUGUCUUAAUGGGAAUGGCAUCAACUUAUAGUGACUUCAAUUUGUUGAUUGCUUGUUAUUUGGCAAUAAUUGUAGGUUUGGGCUUAACAUUGAUUUGUUUAACGAUAUUGAAGAUACCUCUACCAGCGCUUCCCAUUUCAAUUACUUUGGGAAUCAUUAUCUUCAAAUUAAGUGAAAAUGGUAUUCCCAAUGAUUUGCUUAAAAAACUGGAGUAUGGAUUUGUAUUCAAUAGACUGGAACCUAAAUCUCGGUGCGAAAGACGACUAUUUUGUGUUCAAUUAGAUCUAUUUCGAGUCAUUUGGAUAUCCGGAAGCAAUAAUAUCGAAGGAGUCAUAAAUAUGAAAGAUAUUCAAGAAGUAAGAAUCGGAACUAAUCUAAAAUCUGAUAACAAAUCGGAUGAAUCAAAGAAUCACUUUUUUGCUAUUUAUUACGGAAAGAAAUUUAGACUCAAAGAAAUGAUAUGUUUUGCCAAUACAUUAAAUGAUAUUGAGUUGUGGUUUCAAGGAAUCAAGUUUUUAAGGCAAACCCAAUUGAGAGCACCCUAUCAUUCGCGUAUUGAUGUUAUGCUUCGGAGAGAAUUCACGGAAUUUAGUAGAAAUCAAUGCAAUAAUAAUAUAGUUUAUCUUAAAGACAUGAAAGCAUUUUUGGCUAAAAUUCAUUUCAAAUUAAAUAAUGAAGAAUUAAAAAAACGUUUUCAUGAAGUGGACAAAGCGUUUGUCAAUCAAUUAGAUUUUGAAGGCUUUUCCACAUUUUUCUUGAACCUAAUGAAUACCGAUUCAAAUAAGUUUUUAAGUGAACACAUCGGACAAUACUGUUGUGAUGGCAAACGGGUAACACUUCAAGAAUUUGUUAACUUUUUAAGAAAAGAGCAAAAUAUUCAAGAUAUGAGCGAAUCUGUUGCUUCUGAUAUCAUUAAAGAAUAUUUAUUGGAUCCGUUGCGUCACUACGAGAUUGAUCCCUAUUUUGCAAUCAAUGAGUUCAUCGAUUAUUUAUUUUCAAAACAAAAUAGUAUUUUCGAUCCAAAGUAUGAGACCGUCUAUCAAGAUAUGUCUCAUCCGUUAAGUUAUUAUUUUAUUGCCACUUCUCAUAACACAUACCUAAGUGGUGAUCAAUUCAAGAGUGAGUCGUCAGUUGAGUGUUACGCUAGAAGUCUUCAGAUGGGAUGCAGAUGUAUUGAAUUGGACUGUUGGGAUGGACCCGACGGCAAACCAUUGAUAUAUCACGGAAUGACAUUAACAUCUCGUAUACGUUUCAUUGAUGUCAUCACAACCAUUAAAAGACAUGCUUUCACAUCAUCUCAAUAUCCAUUAAUUUUGUCGAUUGAAAACCAUUGCAGUCUUAAACAACAGCAAUAUAUGGCCAGUGCUUUUCGGGAGGUUUUCGGUGAUUUAUUGCUUACACAACAAGUCGAUGCAAAUGAAGAGAUAAUGCCGUCUCCUAAUCAACUUAAAUGUAAAAUUAUACACAAAAAGCUGACGAAAUCAAUAGAUGACAAACCUUUAAAUUCUCCAAAAGAAGAAUCAAAUAGUGAUAUUGAUUUAGAUAUAAGUAAUUCAAUUAAAAACGGAAUUCUUUAUAUAGAAGAUCCAAAUGAAAAAAAAUGGAAAUUACAAUAUUUUGUGUUAACUCGCGAUAAACUCUAUUACGUUGAGCCCAAAGCUGAAGACGAAAGAGAAGACUUAGAGGAAGAAGAGGACACUAUUUAUGGUACCAGAGAUUCGGUUCAAUUUUAUGAAGACAGCGCUUAUGAAUUACAUUUUGGCGAAACUUGGUUUCACGGAAAACUUAAAGGCGGUCGAGGAGAGGCUAAAAGUCUACUUCAGAAGUAUUUGGAUGUCGACAACAAUGACGGCACGUUUUUGGUCAGAGAUUGUGAAUCAAAUCCGAGUGACUAUUCUCUGUCAUUCAUUUAUCAGAAUAAUAUACAUCACAGCCGUAUAUUUCAUAACAUUGAAAAUAAUCAGAAAAUAUAUAAACUUAACAAAUGGGUCCCAUUUACCAGUCUUUACGAAUUGAUAACUCAUUAUCAAACACACCCUUUGAGAAGUCAAAAGUUUAAUCAAUUAUUUUUGACAACACCUGUUCCGCCACCCAAUUCACAUGAAGAUAAAGAAUGGUUUUACAAGAAUAUGACCCGUUCUUAUGCUGAAGACAUGUUGAGACGAUUGCGUAACGACGGCGCAUAUUUGGUCCGUCCGAGUGAAAAGUCGCACUCAGAAGAAGAUAACUUAUUUGCCAUAUCUUUCCGAGCCGAAAAUAAGAUAAAACACUGUCGUAUAAGACGUGAGGGAAGACUAUAUGUGAUCGGAAGCGCUGAGUUUGGGAGUCUCACUGAACUCAUUGAAUAUUACGAAAAAAAUCCACUUUACAGAAAAGUUAAACUAAAAUUUCCGGUCACUGAAGAAAAUAUAAGAAUUCUCGGAGGGGAACCGGAUCUCGAAUCUCAGUCCAAUUAUACGAAUCCAAAGGGAUCUACAAUUAAAGUGAUGGCUUGUUAUGAUUAUCAGGCAAAAAAUGAUGAAGAGUUGUCUUUCAGUACCGGAGAUAUCAUUACAAAUGUUGUCAAACAAGAUCACGGCUGGUGGAGGGGUGACCUCAAAGUUGAUGGCAUUACUAGAAUUGGCUGCUAUUUUCCAUCAAAUUUUGUAGAAGAAAUUGAAGACGACUUAGAAGUCAAAACAUUUGAUUCGAAUAAAUUGUCAUUAGAUCUUAAGCAUGGAUUCAUUGAACUCGACUCAACUACUCUUAUAUCAAAUAUACAAAAUAAAAGCCGUGAAUGGGUUUUCAGAUUAGGAUCUCUUGAUAUAUCAGCACAAAAUGAGGACGAAUUAAAAGAUUGGAUCAAUAAAAUACAAGAAACCAUUCAAUUAAAUAAAGUCAAACAAUUGAGUCGGGUCUACCCGAAAGGGUCACGUCUGGACUCAUCCAACUACGAUCCGACCCGUAUGUGGAACUGUGGCUUACAAUUGGUUGCACUUAACUAUCAAACUCCAGAUAAGGCCAUGCAAUUGAAUGAAGCAAUGUUUAUGCAAAAUGGUCGGUGCGGUUAUGUCCUUAAACCUCAAUAUAUGUUUGAAGAUAACUUCAAUCCUUAUGAAAAGCCAACGGAUUUUCAUAAUUUCAAUCCAAUCGUACUAACCGUCAGAGUGAUUAGUGCUCGUAAUCUACGGAAAGCCUUAAAGGGAAUCGUGAGUCCAUCGAUUGAAAUUGAAAUCAUUGGAGUCGACUAUGACUGCAGAAAAUGCAUGACUCGUGUCGUCCAAGACAAUGGACUCAACCCGAUCUGGUCGAGUGAAACAUUUGUAUUCAACAUAACGUGUCCUCAAUUGGCAUUCAUUCGCUUUCUAGUCUGUCAUUUGGACACUUUCGAUGACUCGAGUUUUGUCGGUCACUCAACAUUACCGAUCACUUGUUUGAGAACAGGUUACCGAAGUAUUCAACUGAAGAAUGAGUACAGCGAAGAAUUGGAAUUAUCGACACUUCUUAUUCAUAUAGAUAUCAGAAAAGCCAAUGAAAAUAAUAUCAAAGCAUCGGUUGAUAUGUUAAGACAUGUAUCGGAAAACUUAUGCAAAAUGAUAUACGAAUCGGAAAAGAGUGGUAAUGAAGAAGAGGCCAAAAAACAUAAGAGUAUUCUUCAGAAAGUAGAGGAACAGCUCAAGAAUAAGACAUCGGAUUCUAAAAGAUUUAUCAGUUUAGAGCUUAAUAAUAGACAUGACUUCAAACUUAUCAAUGAAUUAUCUAUUGUUAAUAAAGUUCGCAAAACUAGAGUCGACUCAAAAUAA